AUGCUUAGAGUUGUUGGUUCAAGCGUAAAGCUUCCUGUGGUUAAUUUAACCUCGAGCAGGGGAAUUUCGGCAGGAAUUGUGAAAUUGAAUAAAAAAGUUGCUGGUCCUCCACCGGUGAUUACAGUGAAGAAAGAUGAGCCAUUGGUUACACCACCAAGUAUUGAGCCAAUUCCAAUCACAGAGGAGAUAGUUAUUGAAGAAAAACCUAAAAAGAAGUUUUCUUUAUUUGGUUUUUUGUUCAAGUCUACACUUUUACUUGCAGCAGUGUAUGGUGGUACUUUGUACGUAGCCACAAAGAAUGAUAAAGUGAUGGACUUUGUUGUCGAUAAUCAAUUGCCAUACCAUGAAGAAUUGCUUGAUGUGAUUGAGAACACCACUAAAGAAGACUUGGAGGAUGCUUGGUACAAUUUGAAAGGCAAGGCUUCAAACGUUAAAUUACCUACCAAGGAUGAUAUUGAACAAAUGACAACCAAAUUGGAACACAAGGGAGAAGAUCUUUUGAAAGAAACCAAAAAGAAAUUUACUGAGGCAACUGAAAAGGGAAGAAAAGGCACUGAACUCACGCCUGGUGAGCAGUUGCAAAGACCUGUUGAAGUAGAGAGUAUAACACGAAAUGUCACUCGUUUACCAUUGAUUGAGCUCAGCUCUGAUGUGGCAAACUCUGUCGAUUCCUCGGUUAGGCAAACAAUUGCAUCUUUAAACAAUUUUAUUCAAUCAAUUGAUGCUACUCCGCUUGCUUCCUCCAACACUGCCUUGGUUAAAUCCAUCGACGCUAGUCUCAAUCAACUUGCAAAGAAAUUGAACUCCUUAACCACAUCGUUCGAUGAAGAGGUCAAAAAUAAGUUGAAAAAGUCACAAACCGAGUUGUUUUCAGCUUAUACCAAGAAAGAAUUGGACUUGACAGAGAAUUUACUUCACCAAUACAAUGCCGAGAAGGCACAAUUGGAAAAAAAAUUGAACCAGCGAUUGGAGCAAGAGGUGAAGGCAACAAGGGAUGCCGUGAGUCAAGCAGCAACAAAUGCUGUUUCAAUGGUUAGAAUUGAGCAAACCAAGAGCUUUGAAAAAUUAGUGGCUGAAAAAAUCAAUGAAGAAAGAAACGGCAGAUUGGCAAAUUUGCAAAAAUUGAAUGACAAGAUUACCGAGUUGGAGAAAUUUGCAGUGUCCUUUGAAAAUCUGAUUGUAAAGACUCACGAAAGAAACUUGAUUCAAAGAUCAGUGGCUGCAUUAAAGAAUGCUUUAUUGGCGACACCAGACGUAGAUGCUACCCCAAAAAGCAUCACGCCAUAUCUUGAAACUUUGGCACAGAUAUCAACAAAUGAUGAAGUGUUGAAUUUGGCUUUAAGAGAUCUUGCUCCAUUGGUUUCCCAAGAAUCUACGCACUCUAUUUUGACAAAUGCACAAUUGUUGUCUAGAUUUGAGCAAUUGGCUCCUGAAUUAAGAUCCAGUUCAUUGUUGCCUCCAAAUGCAGGCUUAUUGGGCCACUUGUCUUCACUCGUUUUCUCCAAGUUGUUGUUGCCAGUAAAAGGUGUUAAAGCGGAUGGCAAGGAUAUCGAGUCUGUUAUUGCCAGAAUCGAAUCAAGCUUGGUUAGAGGUAACUUAGAUGUGGCUGUUGAAGAAGCUGCAAACUUGAAAGGCUGGACUAGAAGACUUGCAAACGAUUGGGUUGUUGACGCUAGAAAAAGGCUUGAAGUUGAAUUUUUGCUCAACUUGAUUGAAAGCGAAUCGAGGCUUUUGUAG